UCCCCACCGACGUUACUGUUCUCUCGACGGACGCGUGUCAUCGACUCAAUCCGCUGUUGCGAAACUGCGAACAUUCGAUGCGAUGCCUUCUAGUUCUAAUUCUUCCUUCGAUGUCUCACUUCUACUCCAUUGACGUCUCUCUCAGAUCAACGAAGCUUUCGUUUCGAGAUUCCCCCGGUUCGAUCCCUCGGGUUUCGCUGGGACGAAGGAUUGGGUUUUCCGACGUGCGCGAGCGGUACGCCAGGUCGGCCGUUCGUUUGGAGGCUUUACAUUGAGCUGUUUUUUUGUUUUUUUUGUUUUUUGUUUUUGGUGGCGCGAACAGUGAUAAGGGAUACGGAUUUGAUUUUUGGGGGUGGUGGGGGCGGAUUUGGUCGCGGGAGAUUCGAUUCGGUUUGCUUUUUGAGCUGGGGGAAUGGAUGAGGAGAGGAGGAGGAAGAGGAACAAGAAGAAGAAGAAUAAUAAGCAGAACAGCAAAACGGGGGAAGACGCCGCGGGCGUCGCAGCUGUUGAUGGGGAAACUGCUUCGGUUGACCAGACGAGCCGUUUGAGCAAUGGGAGGGCCCAUGGGAAUGAGGUAUCUGAUGCUGGGCCAGAUGCAGGGAUGGAUCGGAUCGAACCUCUGACUAAUGGCGUCGGAGAUCAUGUUGACAUACAGUCCACUUUAGCCGGAGCUGUGGAACAAAACUGGUUCGAAAUCAAGGCUAGUUUGGAAGAAAACAUUCAGCACUUGCAGAAUGAGAAUGACUUACACAAAGAAAAAGAGGCUGGUUUAGCCACAAAUAUUGCACAGUUGGAGCGUGAGAAGGAAAGCUGGCUUCAGAAAGAGGUUAGCUUUAGGGACCAGAUUAACCAGUUGUCUGAUGAGAAAGCUAAGUUAAUAGACGAGAAAGCUAUUUUGGAACUGAAGCAGGCUAGCUUUAAGGAGAAGAUUAGCCAAAUCGUAGACGAGAAAGCCAAUCUGGAAUUGAAACAGGAAAGUUUGGAGGAAAAAGUAAGACAACUCGAAAGAGGUCAUAAUUCCUGGGUCUCGGAGGAGGAACGUUUAGUGGAAAAAAUACGAGAACUAGAAAGGGAUCAUGAUUCCUGGGUUUUAAAGGAGGAAAGUUUGGAGGAGAAAAUAAGACAACUAGGAAAAGAUCAUGAGUCCUGGCUUUUAAAGGAGAGCUCAAGUAAAGAAAUCUUAGCAAAAAUGGAGACUGACAUUUCAGGACUACAGUUACAGGUGUCGAAGUUGGAAGAAUCCAAGAACAGUUACUUGCAAGAAAACCAAAGACUAAAAGAUAAUAUUUUGGAGCUGCAAGGUCAGAUUCAUCUCCUGGAGGCCGCUUCCUCAGUCGAUCCCUCAGAUGAGCAAAGAAAGCGGUCUUCAGAAUACGACGAGUUGAACUCCCGGAUGGAAGCAGCAUGUGCUCUUGUGGAGAAAUUGAUUACAGAGAAUGCAGACCUUGUUGAGAAGGUGAAUGAGUUGUAUCUUCAACUCGAUAAUGAAAAGGCAGCACCUGGGCUUUCGUCACACUUUCAGAGUGGUUCUAGCAUAGAAAUUGCUGAAAGCACCAGCAUCACGGAUCACAGCUACGCAUCAAAUGUGAAUAUGCUUCUAUUAAAUGAGAGACCAGAGUCUUCAAAAGAUACUCAGAUGCAUGAUGACAUAAACAGUGAGGAAAAACUGAGCAGAGAGCAUGGUCUUCUAGUAUCUAGCUCUGUGAAGCCCGAAGAUUCUGGAGAAAUUGUCCAGAUUCCUCUUGACGAUAAUGAAGGCCGGGAUCUGGAGUCGCAAGCUGUUGAGAGCGAAGAAGAGCAUGCGGUAGCACUCUCGGAUGCCCCACUAAUUGGUGCUCCUUUCAGAUUAAUAUCGUUCUUCGCAAGUUAUGUGAGCGGAGCCGAUCUAGUUGACAAGGAUGUGAAGUCCAGUCAUUAACAUAAUGUUAUAGCCAUUUUUGGUCAUUGUUCAGAACCUUCUUGCCUCGAAGCAAGCAGCAAUUUUGUACAUGUAAUUUGUUACUGACUUGAAAUUGAUCCAACUACAUGAUUUUGUAUCCUCAAAUUCUUAGGUACUCCAUGAGCGAGGUGUGUCAUUAGGCACUAUUUUGAAAACUGUGACAGUCAUUGAUUGAUUUGAUGUUAAUUUUUUUUUUCGUAAGGAUUGAUUUGAUAUC